AUGAAUGUGGUAUUCGGUGGAAAGAUAAACAAGAAUAGAGUUUACGAUCGAAAAAAUAAACGUUUGAGUAACACGUUAAAUCGAGAGCAGAGUAUUACUCUAUCAUACAGUAACAUUUAUCAUAAAAAAACGACGAAAUUGAAACGAAUAAUCACAAGUUUUGAAUCGUCUGCUUUGUAUUUUGCCAAAAUAUUUAUUUCGAUGGGUCAAUCAGAUACAAUUAAAGCUGCAUCGAAAACACUCAAUGAUCAGAUAAGAAGAACACAUCAGUGUACUGAUCGGAAAAGGAAUACGUUUACACAAAGAAAUUUGUGA